CACACGCGCACAUUUGACGUCUCAGCUGAAACUCAUCUCAUGCUACAAAACUAAAGAAGCGUCUCAGGAACAUUUGAAUUAUUGCAACAUGUCCAGAUAGCAGGAUCUCGCGCUCUCUCGGCAGUCGGUGGGCAGCGCGAGGCGUGUCUGCAGCGUGGGCUGCAUGUGGGGACCGUGUUUCUCCUCACCACUCCCAUUCACCGGCGGCUGAACUGCAGAAACGCCACGUCCUCUCUGACAGCGCUUCAUUUAUAACAUACGCAGACACGUUUCUCUCAUUUGGAGUCUAACGGAGAGGAAUAAUUCAUCGGAAGGCGGCUGCGUGUGACUUGGGAUAAUGUUUGGAUACAGUACUGGAGCAGACACGAGGACUUCCAGUGAUCUCAUGGAUUAGAUGAUGUGCAUACUCAACGACUUUGAUCAAUUUGUGCAAGAACAAGUAUGUUUGCGUGUAUAUGGCUCGGUUUUCAGUGGACUGAACGCCGUUUCCACUGCUCAAUGUGAUGUGGAUACUUGUCAAGGACAUCGUGCGUAAUAAAUGAGCCGUUCUGGAGAUCGACGGCGACAGGAGCCCCGGAAAACACUCUCGUAGUGCUGCUGUGAUGGAGCCCGGUGGAUGCGUGUCUGCUUAAGCGAUGAUCUUCAGCUGUCAACUCGUCGGAGAGUUCGUGCGCGCGCUCGGAAGGCUAUAGGAUCCGCCGGACCCGUCUGAAGAGCAAAGUUAGGUUGGAUCCCGAGAUCAAAAAACAAGAUAGAUUGGUGUAUCGCAGCCAAUGACUCAAUGACUGCCGUAUCUCAGUAGCUUGGAGUCAUCACACCCUGAAGAGAGGAGAAAAUGGACGGGCAGAAGGUCUUCAGAAUGCUGGGUCGACCUCUCGGAAGGAGUGCACCCAUGGAGCGACUGCUGCUGCUGUGCCUGGCUCUGUUCUCCAUGCCAUCCUAUGCCAUGCUGUGCCCCAAACGCUGCACCUGCCAGAAUUUGCUGCCCUCAUACACCGUGCUGUGUGCCAAAACCGGCCUGCUUUUCGUACCACCUAAUAUCGACCGGCAGACCGCCGAGCUGCGACUGAUGGACAACUUCAUCACCACCCUGCGCCACAGAGAUUUUGCUAACAUGAGCAGCCUCAUACACCUCACGCUCUCCCGAAACACCAUCAGCCAGAUCCAACCGUAUGCCUUCGCCGACCUGCAGGAUCUGCACGCGCUGCAUCUGGACGCAAACCGGCUGACGGUGCUGGACGACACCCAUUUGCAGGGGUUGGUGAAUCUGCGCCACCUUAUACUCGCAAAUAACCAGCUUCACAGCAUCUCAGAUGGAGCCUUUCAAGAUUUCCUAGAAACUCUCGAAGAUCUCGAUCUUUCUUAUAACAAUCUGGUGGAUUUGCCAUGGGACACUAUAGCUAUGCUGGCCAGCGUCAACACCCUUAGUUUGGACCACAAUCUCGUCGAGUUUGUGCCCGAAGGGAUAUUUUCGAAUCUUCACAAACUGGCCAGACUGGACAUGACGUCCAACAAGCUGAAGAAGAUCCCCCCGGAUCCUCUGUUCCUACGCAUUCCCGUGUACGCGAAACUGAAAGGCUCGCCGCUGACCGCGCUGGUGCUCAGUUUCGGUGGGAAUCCGUUGCAUUGCAAUUGCGAGCUGGUUUGGCUACGGCGCCUCACGCGGGAGGACGAUCUGGAGACAUGCGCGUCCCCGCGAGAGCUUGCAGGCAAAUACUUCUGGACGAUCCGCGAGGAGGAGUUUGUGUGCGAGCCGCCCAUGAUCACUCGGCACACGUCCAAGAUGUUCGUGAUGGAGGGUCAAGAGGUUAGUCUGCGAUGCCGCUCCGUCGGAGACCCCGAGCCGAGCGUCCACUGGGUCAGUCCGGACGGAAAGCUGAUCGGCAACACCUCGCGCACCGUAUGUUACGAUAACGGCUCCCUGGAUAUCUUGACGGCCACUGUGAAAGACUCCGGCGUGUUCACCUGCAUAGCAUCCAAUGCGGCCGGUGAGGCUACGGCUCCUGUGGAAUUAGUCGUGAACCCUUCGCCGCAUUACGACCCCAAACUGGAGCCUGAACCGGGACCCUCGGACAUGCCGACUUCCAUAAAGUCCAACAGUAGUGGUAGCGGAGGCCAGUCUCGAGCUGAUCAGCGGGUCAGCGUCUCAGAAAUAACCUCAAGCUCAGUGAUGAUCCGCUGGCCUCCACAAAGCCACAUCCCUGGAGUCCGCAUGUACCAGAUCCAGUACAACAGCUCCACCGAUGACAUCCUCAUUUACAGGAUGAUUCCCGCCUCCCAUAAGUUGUUCAUACUGAGCGAUCUUGCCUCGUCACGGGACUACGAGCUCUGCGUCCUGGCCGUCUACGAUGACGGCAUCACGGCCCUCACCGGUACACGUCUGGUCGGUUGCGUGUCCUUCACCACAGAGCGUGAGUUCCGCCACUGCCGCUCCAUCCACGACCAGUUCCUCGGCGGCACCAUGAUAAUCGUCAUCGGUGGGAUCAUCGUGGCGUCGGUCCUCGUCUUCAUCUUCAUCCUGCUGAUGAAGUAUAAACUUCACAGCCAGCACUACAAGCAGAAGGCCGCCCGGGUCAGUAACGUUUGUUCUCAGACCAACGGAGGCCAGCAGGGGGCGGCAUCGGGCCCUCCACCCAGGUCGUCGUCCUCAUCGGGCUCCUCCAGCAAGCCCUCUGUCCCGCUUGGGUCAGACAGACAAGAAGGGUCUCACGGCCUAGAAGGGGGUUAUGGAGCGCUAAAAGGCACCACGGUGGUGGACUUGAACCCAGAAUAUGGGAAAUCCGUAAAAGAGGAUGACUCCAUAUCGCAAUAACACAGGGUUCAAUCCCGCCUCCCUUCCCAUUCUCUUCACACCUCAACCCAUUCAGUUUUGUUUUCUGUUGCCGGCAUCCUGCAGCCUUACUGAGGAUUUUCUCCUGUCCAAGGCAAACUCACUGUCUGGAAGCUAAAAACAGAAUGCCAGAUUAAAUGGGAUUGGAUCCAAUCUAUUAAUAGGACAAGCUGGGGUCGGAAGGCAAAUACAACAAGCUCUCCGUGUUCAAUUCUUUAUGCAAGACUCUCCCCAGACCAUGGAUAUUAUUAUGUACCUCUUCGGUGCAUAUGAGCAGUGUUUCAUUUUAAAACCAGAGGUUAUUGCCUCGAGAGAGAAGAAUCAUCCAAUAAUUUUAUGGGACGAAACAAGAAGACUCUUUGGGAAUACAUUGCGGUUGUUUUUUGUGAAGAUGUGGGAAAUAUUAUGACAAAAUAUCAUUGUUAAAUAGAAGAAGCAGCUCCGAUCUCUGCAAUGGUCCAGUGCCAAAGGAUUGAAAUGUGUGGAUUUAAUGUUCUCCCGAAGGCUUGUGUGGAUUCAAACUUAUCAAAGUUCAAUGAAAUAUUGAUGAGUCGGUAUUGAGUUAACAUUUGUGGACCUUCUGGAGCACUUUAUUAUGGAUUCCUCUGUAUUGUCUCAGCUAAUGACUCUCUCUUUCUUCUCUUAUUGGGAAACUGAACACAUGGAUCAAUAUUCAGCUGAUUAACAAACAUGGGGAGUGUGUUCUUGGGAUCUGGAGAUUAGGUCAAACAGGAGAGGCAUCGGCUGAACAUUGAUUAUCACAAUGCACUAAAACUUUCCGAAUCUCCUGUAUCAACGAGGAUUGACGGUAAGGCGCUUUUGAGAACUCUAUAUCUGACAACAGACUCUGUGAAAGCAGUGUAGGCCAUGCUAAACACUCCGUAGGCCUGUUUGACAGCUGACCUGCUGAAAUAAAUACUGUUCUUUUUUUCCCUCCAAUUGACCGUUGACGUAUUUGUAUGUGAAGUACACCUUCAGCCAUCUCUGAUUUUAAUCAUUUGAUUUCAAGGAGAAAAUAAUAAAAAAAAAUAUGGGAUGGAAUUUUAUGCUUUCAUAGGUACUCUAUGUGGAUUUAUAAAGAAAUAAAAUAUUUUUCUUCAAA